AUGAACAUUCCGUGGAUUGAAAAGUACAGGCCAAAGACGCUGGAUGAAGUUGUGGGGAAUCCGGAAAUAGUCGAUGCUUUUAAGAUAUUUGCAGAUGACGAGAACAUGCCGCACAUAAUUUUAACGGGAACUCCCGGGAUAGGGAAAACCACAGUUGCAAAUGCGCUUAUACACCAGAUAUUUAGAGAGUCCCCAGGGAAGAUGAAGGAGUCUACGCUGGAGCUGAAUGCAUCGGACGAGAGGGGGAUUGAUGUGGUAAGAGUGAAGAUAAAGGGAUUUCUGCAGAAAAAACUUGCAAAUACGCGGUUUCUCAUACUCGACGAGUCUGACUCUAUGACCACGCAGGCGCAGCAGUCUAUGCGCACGCUUUUGGAGAGGUUUAGCACGGCCAAGUUCAUAUUCAUAUGCAACGACAUCUCCAAAAUAUCAGACACGAUACAAAGCAGAUGCGCAAUUCUGCGGCUGUCUCCUUUGACGGCUGAGGACAUUGCAGUGAUCGUGCGAAGAACCUCCGAGAAGGAGGGCCUUGAAAUAUGCGAGAAAUCCGUGCAGAGAAUAGCAGAGACAGCGGAGGGAGAUGCAAGACAGGCGCUGAAUCUGCUGCAGACAGUAGCAGCCAUUUCCAAGCGCGUGAGCAUAGACGUAGUCCAAAGAAUGAGCCAUAUUCCCCCGAUAGAAACAGUCCAGAAAAUAUUCGCCAGCAGCACCCCGCAAAAAGAGGCUGUGCACUUGCUGGACUCCCUCUUUGGGGACGGAUACUCUGCAGAAGACAUUUCCAAGAUGAUUUUCCGGCUGGGGAAGGAGAAGGGGGAGGUCUCCCUGCUUGAGAUGGCGUCUGGGCUUCUGAUGAAACUGUCGGAUACCCUUUCAAAAGUCCAUUUCUACGCUGCCCUGAUGCGGUACAAGGCCCCCAGAGCAGGAAAUGCCCUGAAAAAAUACUAA